GUGGCUGGAUUCUUUAAGGCUUUCAGCUCAAACUUUCAUCUGAUCGCGCGCGUCGCCUUAUCCUCCCCACACUCCCAGCUCGAGCGUGCCCGUCCGGACCGCGCGCGUCCAGUUUCGUCCCUUUCGCUGUUGACUGUACAUGCAGGCCAUGAGCUCGGCUUCCGAGGGCCUCUUCUUCACGGCUCUUCAGCCCAACUCCACCGUGAGCACGUACGCCCUGCCGCCCGAGAGCCAGCUGGGGAACGGCGGCGGCGGCGGCGGCGGCGGCGGUGUUUUCUCGGAUGAGGCGGCUCGAGCCAAGCGCGUGCAGCAGCAGGUGGCCCUGAAGCUCGCGGAGAGAACCAACACGAUCUCGCGGCAGAACGGCGGCACGCAGCAGUACGCGGCCUCAGAAUUUGGUGGUUCUUCUACAAUGACAAAGUACCAGACCUACAAUCCAGGCUUCAGCUCAAAGUCGUCCUACAUGUAUUCCACCUCCAGCAGACCAAUGAUGGCUCAGCGUAUGCCUGCAAACUCCAGCAGUGGCUACUCGUCUCGCUCAGCUGUGGAUUUUGGCGGCAGAUCUCAGAUGAGCAGAGGGGCUGGUGCAGGAAUGAUGUAUAGCCAUGACGAUGGCAUGAUGAUGGGCAUGGGCUCCGGCGGGUACCAGGCUGGAUACCAAGCUGGAUACCAGGGUGGAUACCAGGGUGGAUACCAAGGUGGAUUCCAGGGCGCAAGCCAGGGCGGACAGUCUCAACACCAACAGAUUACCACGAUAAAUCGCCCUGUAAGUCGAUCUGCAGGCCCAGAGCCUGAUGUUGCCUCUCUGCGCUCCUUUCGCAUUCAGUCUUUGCCUCAGCAGCAGUCUGUGACGACGUGGAUGACACAAGACGGCAGUGAGGGAAGCCUGGUGUCUGAUCACGAUGCCGCCUACAUGCGUCAGGAGGCAUCCUACGGCAUGAGCAAUGGCUACGCAUCUACGUACCCAAGGCCAGCCGUGUAUUCAGCAGCCAGCAAUGGCUUCAGCUCUGGGGCUGUUCAGACCUCCAUGACGCUGCCCCCCAUGAGACGCUCCCUGAGUGGCACUCUGGCCCGCAGUGGAGGUGGAGGAGCAGCAGUGGAAGAGGAUUCCUACGUCCGCCAGUCCUUCAAAGGCCCCUCGCAGCGCACCAUCAACAGAAUCACCCAGCGCCAGGUUCGCAACUCCAUGUCCGCAGGGAGUGUCCAAGGAGGAGGUGGAGGAGGGGGCUUUAUGAUUGGUGGAAGUUCUCAGGGUAACCUGGCCAUGAUGCAGCAGGGCAGGCUGUCCCGCGCCGCCUCCAUGAGGAGUGUUGUCAGUGUUGGAAAAGGCAAGGAUGUCUUCGAUGGCAUGGAUAUGGCUGGUAGCAUGGGCAACCUGAGCGGAAUCAAUACUCUGGACAUGCCAACUGCUGUUUCCUAUCUGGAUUCCCCUGAUGUAGAAACGCAGGUUCUGGGAGCUGCCUAUAUCCAGCAUGAGUGCUACCACAACAACGAUUCUAAGAAGCUGGUGAAUCAGCUGAAAGGUAUAGUUCCUCUGGUUCACUUGUUUACCAGCGAGAGCGAGGAAGUGCAGCGCUACGCCACCGGAGCAGCCAGGAAUCUCAUCUAUGAGAACAUGGAAAACAAAGUGGCUCUCAUUGAGGCUGGAGGAAUUCCUCAGCUCAUGGUUGCCCUGAAAGAACCAGAUGAUGAGCUCCACAAGAACAUCACUGGAAUUCUGUGGAAUCUCUCCUCUAAGGAUAACCUGAAGGAAAAGUUGGCGAGGGAGACCCUUCCUAAACUGACUGAGGAGGUACUCAUUCCUCUCUCUGGCACAGGAGAGAGAGAGAUCAUUGAACACACUCCUUCAGAGGCAGAUAUCUUCUUCAACACCACUGGAUGCCUCAGGAAUCUGAGCUCAAUAAAUGAGAAAACCCGACAGCAGAUGAGAGAGACUCAUGGUCUGGUGGAUGCUCUGGUGGGAUACAUUCAGAGGUCUCUGGAUGAAAGCAGUGUAGAGGACAAGGGAGUGGAGAAUUGUGUGUGUGUAUUGCGAAACCUGUCUUAUCAGCUGUACAGCGAGAUUCCCCCCUCAGCACUCAUGCGUUUGGAGGGUCCCACACGAGCCCAGGCUUCAUCCAAAGGAGAGGCUAUCGGCUGCUUCACUCCUCAGAGCAAGAAAGCCAAAGACAGACAAGAUAAGGACCUGACAACGUUUACGGAGGUGGCUCGAGUACCAAAGGGCAUUGAGUGGCUGUGGCAUCCGAAGGUGGUAGAGCUGUAUAACAAAGUCCUGCAGCGGUGUGAAGUGAACACCAUCACCCGAGAGGCAGCUGCCGGAGCCCUGCAGAACAUUACAGCUGGGGACAAACGGUGGGCGUCCAUCCUGAGCCGUGUGGCCUUAGAACAGGAGCGCAUGCUGCCUGUGGUUCUAGAUCACCUCAGGACAAACAGUGAUCUAGAGCUGCGAUCCCUCACUGGCUUCCUCAGGAACCUGUCUCGUCAUGCCAGGGACAAGAAUGACAUGGCCACCAAGGUGGUGAGUAACCUGGUGUCCAAACUGCCAGCAGACGGCUUCCAGAAGGAGCCCUCGGCCGAUGUAGUCGUAAACAUCUGCGGUGCACUCAACAACCUUGUGACCUGCAGUGAGGUGGCAGCACGGGACAUCACUUACUUUGAUGGCCUUCCCAAGCUGGCGGGCAUCAAGAACUCUAAUGAUAACAGUCCUGCGAAAGUGAAGGCAGCCAAAGCAGCAUCCACAGUCCUCUGCAAUAUGUUCCAGUAUAAAAAACUACACAAAGACUACAAGAAGAAAGGAUUCCAGCGACAGGACUUUGCAGACAUGACCAUGUAGAUGUAAACAAAGACUGUGAGAGUGUAACUACAUGUAGUAUGUGGACAGUGCUGUAAAUAAUGAGUGACAUGAUAAAAGAAGAACACUUCAGAACACUUCAGCUGACUGACUGUUGUUCAGCUGUGUUCCACCGUCUGCCAUUUGCCCAGCUCAACACAACCUGCCGCAGAAUACGGAAACAACGCACGUCAAGACCAUAGACUGUAUAUAAAGAUGGACGCCGUAUUGCCGUUCCCAUUCAUUCAAUGAAAAUGAAGCCAAAAUCUUUCGCCAUUUUGGCGAUUCAGAGACCCGAGUCUGCGCAGUAGAGACCAGAGGAGGGAGAAAGGCUGUGGAGAGACCGCCUACUCAUUUAAAUAACCCCGCCCCUGAGGGCUGCCUCGCAGUCACAGACUGCAGAGCGGGGCGGAGCGGAGCGGUUAUUGGUCCCGCCCAUAAGCAGCCCUUUUACCAUAACCACACCUUUUUUAAUAGAGCCGAAUAAAGUUUUAAAAACCGAAUUCUGUGUGGAUAUAAAAAUUUGACAAUAUAAGCAGAGGUUACACUAGCUGUUGCAUUUAAAUAAUGGAGGUAGAAUUACAGUAUAUUAGAAAAAAACGUGAUUGAAAGUUGUCUGUUUUGCCAUUGAAACCUAUGGGAAUGGGUGGAGUUACACAGCUUUCUGCAGCCGAACAGCAGGGGGCGCCCGACCUGUGGUGGCUUCACUUUUAAGAGACGAUGCUCUGUCCAGCUAUAUACAGUCUAUGGUCAAGACCAACAGUGGAGAUAAACAAAUCAUUUGCAGAUGACUCUUGACUUUUUGGAUAAAGAUUGCACCUUAGCAGAAUUUGCAUCGACCUCAAUUCAUUAUCAUCUUCAGGGACUUUUGCACAGCACCCUCAGCAGCAUCCAGCCUGGAUUUUUACUGGAUUUUGACUUUUACUAUCCAAAAUACUGGAUUUUUACAGUAAUACAGACUGGGCCAGAUGGAGCCAAUGAGUUCAUUUUUCUAAAUUUCUAUCCUGUAAAUUUUUUUGUGUAUAAAUAUUAGUUUUUUUUACAUCCCAAGAUGUGGGAAAGAGGGCUUUGGGGUUUAUCGGUAAUGAAUGUGAGAAACGAGUGCAAUAUAUUGCAUAUACUGCACAGAUAUGAAAAGGGUAUUGAUAUAACAGAAUAGAUCUUUAAAUGCAGAGUGAAAGUGUGUUCCAUUUUUCUACAUGAUGUACAAUAUAUUAUCUACAUAUUAUACUCAUUCAGAUACAACAGAGAAACUUUUAGCAUGUUAUUUUUCUGAACUGCUUUGUUGGAUUGAUGUUGGUGCUUUUUUGUUUUAAAUAGCUUGUUUUUUUUUUCUUAUCUUUAGCCUUACUUAUAAAAUAGAGUAUAAAAUCAUAUACUUGUGCCUGCUAGCAGAGUUGAACUGAAGAGCUAUGUUCUAUAUUUUCAUAGUAUUUUAUGAGGACCUAAUAUGGUAAGAAUCCGUAAGUCCAUUUGAAUGUCUGAAUGUAAAUGUUGCUCUUUGCUGCAUUACAAAGCACUAAAGCUAUAUUUUCACUGUCCAAAGCAGUAAGGUUAUAUAAGAAGGCAAACAUGUCCUUAAUUUCUUAUGUAAGUUAACAUUAAGAGGUUUUAUUUUUGAGAAUUUGUUUCUAAGUAUAUAAAAAAGCAGUUUUUUUGGACAGUGAUAAUGUAAAAAAAUGUCUGACUUGCCAAAAUACAACUUUGUUUUCAGAUACUUCUUACAUUUCCAAGUGAUAAUACAGAUCAUAUUACUAUAGUAGAACAAUAAACAUAAAAAUGGGUAUUUUUAUGUUUAAAGUUCUCUUAUUCUAGUUAUUGUGUGUACUGAGUGUUUGAUUCAUGCUGAUUGGUGUAGGUGUGUAAAUUUAACUUGGUUGUGUAUGCUUGACCCUACCUUAUUCUAAUUAUGACAAAAACAUAUUUUUGAUGUUAUGAAUGAAAGUGAUCUCAUGGUGUUCUUGUUGUAUUGGUUAUUUCUGCAAAGCAAAAUUCAUACACUGCCCGUUUACUAAAAUUAUUCAGUAAUAGCUGUCAUUAUCCCUGUCUUAUCUACUUAACACUUAACUGUACAACAUUCUCAAGUGUCAUAAGUGCCAUGUUAAAAUAAAAUGAAUAAAGGGAAGUUUUAUUCA